CCGACUCGGUGAUUGAGGACAAGACCAUCGAGCUCAGGUUACCGAAGUGCAUGUUUGGGAUUUUGUUGAAGAAAACUGGAUACAGUAAACGGAAAGAAUCUUGGAAGCUGCUUGACUGCUGUCUGUUCUCAGACUAGUCUGAAAGGGAAUACCCCCAUUCAUUCUGGAUUGGUGGAUCUGAAGUACAAAAUAUUUCCCAGUGUUCUGUGCCAAGGUCUUUGUGGCUAGGCUGCGCCAACCUGGUAGAGAGCAUGUGCGCACUGAGUUGCCUGCAGAGCAUGCCCAGUGUCAGAUGUCUCCAGAACACUUCAGUUAUGGAAGAUCAAAAUGAAGAUGAGUCCCCAAAGAAAAAUACUCUUUGGCAGAUAAGUAAUGGAACAUCGUCUGUGAUCGUCUCCAGAAAGAGGCCAUCAGAAGGAAACUACCAAAAAGAAAAAGACUUGUGUAUUAAAUAUUUUGACCAGUGGUCUGAAUCAGAUCAAGUAGAAUUUGUGGAACAUCUUAUUUCACGAAUGUGUCAUUAUCAGCAUGGACAUAUUAACUCUUACCUGAAGCCCAUGUUGCAGCGGGACUUUAUUACCGCCUUACCAGAGCAAGGCUUAGAUCACAUAGCAGAAAACAUUCUUUCCUACUUGGACGCCAGAUCUCUGUGUGCAGCAGAGCUGGUGUGUAAAGAAUGGCAGCGAGUGAUCUCAGAAGGGAUGCUUUGGAAGAAGCUGAUUGAACGAAUGGUACGCACUGAUCCCCUGUGGAAGGGCCUUUCAGAAAGAAGAGGGUGGGAUCAGUACCUGUUUAAAAACAGACCCACAGAUGGCCCUCCCAAUUCAUUUUAUAGGUCAUUAUACCCAAAGAUUAUCCAGGAUAUAGAGACUAUAGAAUCUAACUGGCGGUGUGGACGACACAACUUGCAGAGGAUUCAGUGCCGCUCGGAAAAUAGUAAAGGUGUCUACUGUUUACAGUAUGAUGAUGAAAAAAUUAUCAGUGGCCUACGAGAUAAUUCUAUUAAGAUUUGGGAUAAAACCAGCCUAGAAUGUUUGAAAGUGUUAACAGGGCACACAGGCUCUGUCCUCUGUCUCCAGUAUGAUGAACGUGUCAUUGUUACUGGCUCUUCAGAUUCUACAGUGAGAGUCUGGGAUGUGAACACGGGUGAAGUGCUAAACACACUGAUCCACCACAAUGAGGCUGUGCUGCACUUACGCUUCAGCAAUGGACUCAUGGUGACCUGUUCUAAGGACCGCUCCAUUGCUGUGUGGGACAUGGCUUCUGCCACCGAUAUCACUUUACGCCGUGUCCUGGUUGGCCACCGUGCUGCUGUGAACGUAGUAGACUUUGAUGAUAAGUACAUCGUGUCUGCCUCUGGCGACAGGACCAUCAAAGUCUGGAGCACGAGUACCUGUGAGUUUGUUCGUACUCUCAAUGGGCACAAGCGAGGCAUUGCCUGUCUCCAGUACAGGGAUCGGCUGGUUGUUAGUGGAUCAUCAGAUAAUACCAUUAGGCUCUGGGAUAUUGAGUGUGGCGCCUGUUUAAGAGUCCUAGAGGGGCAUGAAGAAUUGGUCCGAUGCAUCCGGUUUGAUAACAAGAGGAUUGUCAGUGGGGCCUAUGAUGGGAAAAUUAAAGUUUGGGACUUGCAAGCUGCUCUGGACCCUCGAGCCCCUGCGAGCACUUUGUGUUUACGAACAUUGGUGGAACAUUCUGGACGUGUGUUUCGGCUACAGUUUGAUGAGUUUCAAAUCAUCAGUAGCUCCCAUGAUGACACUAUUUUGAUUUGGGAUUUCUUAAAUGUGCCUCCCAGUGCCCAGAAUGAGACCCGUUCUCCCUCCAGAACAUACACAUACAUCUCCAGAUAACAGUCUGCACUUUCACCCGCUUCAGGGUUUUCUAGUCUUGAACUACUGGCUACAUGGCUACCAGAUGCCUAAGGGAGUUCGUUCCACAGCUGAGUUAUGAGGCUGGAAUUGGUUCUAGACGCUGGGUAGAUGCAAAGCAGCCUAACUCUUCAAGCACCGACAUUUCUCACCUCUGAUUCCGGCUCAGCUCUGAGAAGGAUACCUUAGCUUCCCUGACUUCAAGUAGAGCAGAAGCCCAUUUCCUCCCCUCAUCAGUGAAAAACCUAAUGCUUCAAGUGUAAAUUGUUAAUAGAAAAGGAACGUCCAGUCUGUCUCACAGAAGUAAAUCGACCGUCAAGAGAAGACUUGGCCUCUAUUUAUAUUGCUUUGCACUUUGGUCUGAUAUUAAGAAACAGCAUUCUUCUUUGGUGAAAUUUUGGGUGCCAAACACCUACCCAGAAAGUCCAGGGCUUUCCUUUCAGAAGUUGGCAUUCUCCUUUUGACCGUCCAAGUCAUUAUGAAUUCUGACUUGUUAUAUUAGGAACAUGUUGGACAAUGGAAAAAUCUUUCGGGAUUGUUUUAGUAAUAUUUUUUGGAUUUACUUCCUUUCUGUACCAAUUUCUUUUAAUUUAAAGAACUGUAAGCCAGUUAUAUUAUCUCCCAACAGGUAAUAUAGCUCUUUUCUUUUAUUAACUGUUCUCUGUCCCCCAGCCAUCUCCUGAUAUUUGGUAGAGUAACACCUUGACGCGUGUGCUUGCCUCCUAACUUAAAAUACUGUAUCCGCAUGUAGAUAUGAUGUACAUAACAGUUUAACCUCAAGGUUGCUAGAGUCAGGGCCCCGGGCCUGAGACACUAAUGCAGAGUGUGUUCAACUUCGCCCCGGGCUGGGCUCAAGAACCUGAUACCAGGGUGAAGUGGAUGACCUAGAACCCUUCCUGCAGUAUUCAGACAGUGUUUUUAUUUUGUUGUUGUCAUUGUGUGUGUGUGGUGUGUGUGUUUUCAUGGGAAUCUUGUUUUAAAAUGUAACUUCAGAAGCUUAACACAAAAUGUUGGUUGUGCAGUAUACACAAUGUAGAGGUGCCAUGCACAUGGUUUUUUUUCCUUUUUGUUCUUUCCUCAUAAGUACUGGUGUCACUUCCUGUCGUGUUCAUUGGCUUCGCCUUCAAAAACCAUGAUUCUGUGCAACCGCACCCCGGGAAGGGACGAGCCAGAAGUUCCCGCUGACUGGGUUCCUGGCCCCGCUCUGCUUUGGAGCCGCUGAGCGUCAGGCUGGUUCAGAGGCCCACACUGGGGGGGCACCCCUGAAAGCCCCACGCCCGUGGUCAUCUCUGGUGUCCUAGCACCUGUGGCCUGGCAGGUUCUCAGAGCUCCGGCGUGCUCGCCGCUGCAUGUGUGAAUGGCUCUGUCCCCCCGACAUGCGUGGAAGGACUGGCAUCGGCUGGCACUCCUCCCUUGGCCAAUAUGAAGUUUUGAUCUACCCCUUGCCGUUGUUUUCAAAGAUCAGGGAAUGUCAGUAACAUUGUAAAGGACCAAGACACAACCUCCCAUGCAUCCAGCCUCUUCCCGGGACACGCAUCAACCCCACCAGGGAAGGCCCCUGGACUCGCAGUGUCCCUUGCAUGAGAAGGGUGUGGGGAUCAAUGUGUGUGUCUGUGAUUUGUUUAUGGAGUUGGCUUUGCUUUUUAGUUUUCCUUUUUAUAAAAACAUAUAUUUUUCCCUUCCACGUUCCUAAAUUAAUUUCUGUUUGUGAGAGGUUGAGUCUCAAAGUGUAAAAAAUAAACACCAUUCACAAGGUGGAUGUUGUAAGCUUGAUGGUGGUUGUGAAAGUGUCGUAGCUUUGACCACUGUCCAUCUUAAUACCAAGUUGGGUAGGAAAGUCCGGGGAAGGGAGGAGGGAAGGGGAGGAGGCAGUUCUUCUGAAUGAAUGGAUUUUUUGUUGUUGUUUUUGCAUGUUUAAUAUAGACGUUCCUUUUGUUCCUUGGGAGAUCAUGGCCUUUGAAUAUGCACACAACCUUUGAAUUGUGCCUACUAAAUUAUAGCAGGGGACUUUGGCACCCAAGGAAUUCUGACUUUCUGGUAUUAUAAUAGUAAUUCCCAGCCGUACUCUGGACUUUAUUUUGCUAACCAUAAUUGAGCAACUGUAAAUUACUGCUAUAUUAAUGUUUUAAAGCACUGGGAUAGUCUAAUUCUAACUUGUAAUUAAUUAUGUUUGCCAAUUAUCUGUUUGAAAUAAAUUUGUGUCUGAACAGCUAUUGAAACUGUUAAAUUGUACAGAUAUUAUUCAUGACAGCUUUGUACUGUGGAAUGUGCUUAAUAAAAAAUGAAAAGUUUGACCUUUGUCCAAUAAAUUGCUAAGUAAUGUCAGUAAAUCAAGUAUGAGUAUUAUGCAGUACACCUACUCUGGCUUCAUGCAAUUGUUACUUCAGCUACUAAUUCAAAGCCAAUACUCCUAAUAAAGUGUUGCAACACUCUGA